CUGUCAAAACUGAUAUUCAGGUGGUGUGCCGGGCUGGUUACCAAUUUUUCUUCAAAAUGAUAUUGAAUUUGUUGGUUUGAUCAAAAGUUAUCUAAACGUUUCUCAAAUGAUAUCACGCUCACUGCCUCUUCUACAUCCAUGGGAAGGCUAUUCCAGGCAUCAACGACUCUUGAAUUGAAGAACAUCUGCCUCUUUUGCGUCCUGGACCUCAUUUUCCAUAGUUUCAAUUUGUGUCCACGUGUUGGCCCUGUAUGUCUCUCAAGUUGGAUGUUGACAUCCUCAUCAUAUUUACCUUUGAGGAUUUGAUCUACCUCAAUCAUGUCUCCCCUUAGCCUUCUGUAAGUCAGUGUUGGUAUCUCCAAUUGUUUCAGUCGUUCUGGAUAUGUGAGGUUCUUGAAUCCUGGUAAUAACUUGGAUGCUCUUCUCAGGACAUUUUCCACAAUCCUUAUAUCCUUCUUCUUGUAGGGGGACCAUACUGACUGAGCAUACUCAAGAUGAGGUCUUACCAUGGUCUUGAAGAGACAUCUAAAUGUGUGUACAGUACUAAAUGUAAUAUCGUGUGAGGAAGAGAAAAAAAUAAGGAAAUAAAAGAAAAACGGAAAAAAUAUGUAAAUCAGAAAAGAGGAAAACAGGAAAAGCUGAAUAUAGGUCCACAGAAAAAAUAAAGAAUCAAGAAGGACCGUAAGAAGAUGUACAAAGAGAAGGGAAAAGAAGAAAAUAGGGAAAUAGAAUAAAAAAAAUUGGUAAAAUAUGUAAAUCGGAAGAGAAAAUAGGAAGGUCUGAAUAUAGGGAGACAGAAAAAUCAAAGAAUUAAGAAGAACCCAAGAAGAAGGUAUACAAAGAGGAGAAGAAGAAGAGGAGGAGGAGGAAGCAAACAAGUCCCCUGUGAAGCUGUGACAUCAAGUUCAAGGUUGAGGUCCGCCGCGUGGCCUGAAGUGCCCUGGCAGUGUUUCUCGUGGAGGAGGAGGAGCCCCUCGGCGUGCAGGCCCCCAGGAACACGACUUUGUCCCAAUGGCCACCACUGGUGUUAGUGUCGAUGGUAGGCAUUGAGACAGCUGCUGUGCUCGGUACUUCUUCCGUCCUUGCUGCCGCUGACUUCAGGACUCCUUGGUGCAUCCCACGCCUUGCCUGCUCAAUUGGUCACUGAGUGUGGCUUUUAGGCAACCUCGCCACCUUCUCCAGCAUCUCUGAGGUUCCUCAAGACCAGCCAACUCCUCACAUCUGGAGUGGUGUUGCAGUGGAGGCUGCAAGGCGGGACAGCAGCUGGAGUGGCUGGGAUGAGCAGGAGCCGACUGCUACUGGUGUGAGGUUCAGGAGUGAUCAAAAACAUUACCACCACCACCACUCCUGCCACCACCACCACCACCACCACCAGUCCUGCCACCACCACCACCACCACCACUGCCACUACCAACACCACCACCACCACCAAAAACAACUGCUGGCCUCUUCAUCCACAAAGGGGGAAGUUUGAAUUUCAGAAAUGUGAGAAGAUCUGAGAGUGAGAGAAAGUUUACUGACUAAAGCCAAGAGUGUGAGAAAAGACAUGCAGGGAAGGAUGACCUCAACAAAUACACCCACACACUCUGGCGUAAGACCUCAUGAAAGCCGGGAGUGUGGCAAAAGGUUUAGUAAUAGGAGUAACCCCAAACGUCUCACCCUUACACACACUGGUGAAAGAAACCAUGAGUGUGAAGUUUGUGGGAAAUGUUUCAGUCGGAAGGAUACCCUCAAAUUACACACUCUUACACACACUGGUGAAAGAAAUCAUGAGUGUGAAGUUUGUGGGAAAUGUUUCAGUCUGAAGGAUACCCUCAAAUUACACACUCUUACACACACUGGUGAAAGAAAUCAUGAGUGUGAAGUUUGUGGGAAACGUUUCAGUGAGAAGAGUACCCUCAAGAAACAUGCCCUUACACACAUUGGUGCAAGAAACCAUGAGUGUGAAGUUUGUGGGAAACGUUUCAGUGAGAAGGGUACCCUCAAGAAACAUGCCCUUACACACAUUGGUGCAAGAAACCAUGAGUGUGAAGUUUGUGGGAAACGUUUCAGUGAGAAGGGUAACCUCAAGAAACAUGCCCUUACACACACUGGUGCAAGAAAUCAUGAGUGUGAAGUUUGUGGGAAAUGUUUCAGUCGGAAGGAUACCCUCAAAUUACACACUCUUACACACACUGGUGCAAGAAAUCAUGAGUGUGAAGUUUGUGGGAAAUGUUUCAGUCGGAAGGGUACCCUCAACACACACACACUUACACACACUGGUGAAAGAAAUCAUGAGUGUGAAGUUUGUGGGAAAUGUUUCAGUCUGAAGGGUACCCUCAAAUUACACACUCUUACACACACUGGUGAAAGAAAUCAUGAGUGUGAAGUUUGUGGGAAACGUUUCAGUGAGAAGGGUAACCUCAAAGUACACACUGUUACACACACUGAUGCAAGAAAUCAUGAGUGUGAAGUUUGUGGGAAAAGAUUCAAACUGAAGAGGCUAUUGAACCUGCACCUCUUCAGACACUCUGGUCAUAAAGGGUUCAAGUGCGAUGUUUGUGGGAAACGUUUCAUGACCAAGGGUGAGAUUGCCAGGCACGUGAAGGUCCACUUCUCCUGA